UCUUUUCCUAUUCCCAUUGUUGAAAGGAAACUACUCCUACCAGCUACGACAAGCAAACAAACAAACCAUAGACUAAUAAACUAAAGCAAUGGAUAAACUAUCCCUCGGCUUCCGCGCCGAAGAAGAUUUGCACUGCAAAGAAGACUAAACACUCUACUAACCCCGCUGAAAAGAGCCACAGAAAAAACAGCCUUUUGAUUUGAACUCCAUUCCCACUCUGUCCUCUUCUUUGCUCCUUUUCCUUACCUUUUCUAACUUAUCUUACAAAGCUUUAGAACUUAACCCAUUUCGGCAUUUCCUUCCAUUCCCACUCUGUCCUCUUCUUUGCUCCUUUUCCUUACCUUUUCUAACUUAUCUUACAAAGCUUUAGAACUUAACCCAUUUCGGCAUUUCCUUUGCUUGUACUAGUUGUUACAUUACUACACUUGGCGUUGUGGGUCAGGGAAGCAUUGAAGUGGUGUAGGAUAAAUAAACUUGUUUUCUUUCAUAACUUUGUGUAGGGUUAAUAUUCUUAAAAUUAUGCAGACACCAAAAUCAAGAAAUGGAUCUUCAGAAGGGCCGCAAAGGGUCUCUCAUCGAGCUGUUCGUCAACUCAAACCAAUCACACUAGACACUGAGGCUGCCUCGACUCCAAGUUCAACUAGUAGAACUUCGAAAGAGAAAAGCCCUAAAGUUGUUGAGCGCCGUUCACCUAGAAGCCUGGCCUCCGAGAAGAAGCGCCCGAGCAGAAUUUCUGAACUGGAAGUACAGAAUUCGCAGCUUCAAGAAGAACUAAAGAAAGCAAAGGAUCAGUUAAGUUCAUCCGAAUCAUGCAGGAAGCAAGUUGAGCAAGAUGCUGAAGAGUCAAAGAAGCAACUGUUGGCCUUGUCUGCAAAGUUUGAGGAGUCCCAAAAGCAGCUACUUGAGCUGUCUGGUUGCAAGGAAACUCAUGUUGUCGAGCUCCAUAAGAUCUCAGAAGAACGGGAUCAAGCAUGGCAGUCAGAGCUCAAAGCUAUACAGAGGCAGCAGUCUCUUGACUCAGCUGCUCUGGUCUCAGCUGUGAAUGAGAUUCAGCGACUUAAGGAUCAGCUUGAAAAGGUCACUGAAUCCGAGGCUGCACAGACCCGGCUAGCAGAAUCAGCUCAUUUGGAGCUUCAGUGCUUGAAAGGAAACCUGGUUGAAACUCAAUCCCUUGUAGAGAACAUGAAAAAACAGCUUAAGGAUAGCCAAGAAUCGGAAGCUCAGGCCCAAGCAGUGGCAAAUGAGACUCUGCUACAACUAGAAGCUGCAAAAAAGACUGUUGAAGCACUUAGGUCAGAAGGCAAGAAGGCCGUUGAAGCUUACAACUCCAUUGCUUUUGACUUAGACCAAUCAAGGAAACGUGUUUAUUCACUUGAAGGACUUGUUCACAAACUGAAGGCAGAAAUGACUGAUUCUGGUGGCAGCCUCUCUAUCGAGUCCGAUGGUAACUGUAUUGCUGUUGAGCAUCAAGCUGGAGAAAGUGAGAAACCCGAGCAAUCUCACCGGCUUGAAGCAGAGAUAUUUUCUUUGAAGUCUGAGGUGGCGUGUUUAAGAUCUGCUCUCGAAACUGCUGAGAUUAAAUGCCAUGAAGAAGAAACCCUAAACACCCAACAGAUAAAGAGUGCGAAUGAACUGGUUGAGCAGAUAAAAUCUGAAGCAAGCUUGAAAGAGGCAGAUCUGUUAGCUGAAUUACAGAAAGCAAACUUCAAUAUUGCUGACUUGAAGGCUAAUCUGAUGGAUAAGGAAACUGAGUUGCAGUGUAUCUCAGAGGAAAAUGAAGAGCUGCACAUGAAACUUGAGAAAAACCUGUCUCGCCAGCGAGAAUUAGAACUUGAAAAAGAGCUAAAGUUAUUGAAUGAAGCUAUUGUUGACCUGAAGGCAAAUAUGAUGGACAAAGAGACAGAACUUCAAAACAUAUCGGAAGAGAACGAGAUGCUGAGGUUGGAAAUCAGUAAAAGGGACAUGGACAAAGGUAAAACAAAUGAUAAAGUGGCUGCUGAGCUAGACGAGGCAAGGGUUGCCGAGCGAGAAGCUAUUAUGAAGCUUGGGCUUGCAAUGGAGGAGGCAGAUAAGAGUAACAGGAGAGCUGCCAGGGUGACUGAGCAGCUCGAGGCUGCACAGACUGCCAAUUCAGAAAUGGAAGCAGAGCUGAGAAGGUUAAAGGUGCAAUCUGACCAGUGGCGCAAGGCUGCGGAAGCAGCUGCUUCAAUGCUUUCGGCAGGUAAUAAUGGGAAGUUCAUGGAGAGAACUGGUUCACUGGAUAGCAACUAUAAUCCAGUUAAGGGAAAAGUUAGCCCACCUUAUGCCGAAGAUAGUGAUGAGGAUUUGCUGAAGAAGAAAAAUGGGAACAUGCUGAAAAAGAUUGGGGUGUUGUGGAAGAAGCCACAGAAAUAGGCAACAAUGAGGAAUGCCCUACCAAAGUUGCACUGAUUCCAUGUUUUACUAUCUUAUUAUCUCUCUCUAACACCUUAUUUGGACAGAUACUUGGGUUACUCGAACCAAGAGUCUUCUUGCUGUGUUGUUCACAACCACCACUAUUUUAAAGCUUUGUAGUUGGGUUAUGACGAUGGCUGAACACCGGUGACAGCAUAUUUUCUCUUUUUUCUUUUCCUUUUUUGUUGAUAUGUAAAAUGUGGGGUGUCAUCACCUUGACAAUGUAAGUUUGGAUUCGGAUUCCAUGGUUGUUCUGUUAAGCUGCUUGCAUAUGGCCUUCACUAAUCAGCUGCCAAGUGCUAACAUGAUUUAUGGUUUGUUUUUA